ACUCUUAUAGUUCAGGCGACAAACGAUUGUUUCAAAAUCCCUCCAAAUAUCACUCACUUCGACAAUAAAGAUAAUUCACUGCUUCAGGUGUUGAUUGGUGUACGAGAUGUGAACGACAACUCUCCUAAGAUGACUAAAAAAGUAUUUACCGGCGGUUUCACCACUGAUGUUGACUUCGGAACUGUUAUAAUGGAAGUUAAAGCUGUAGACAAAGACGUCGGCGUCAACUCUGUUGUCAAUUACUUUAUUAUAUCAGAAGUCAGACAAACAUUGACUGAAGGAUUGGAUACUUUAAGUUCCGAAUCAUUUGUAAUAAAUCGUAUUUCGGGUGAAAUUAGCCUUAAUUUUGAUCCACAAAAAGAUAUGAAGGGAUACUUCGAGUUCGAUGUGUUGGCCAACGAUACAGACGGACUCGCAGACAGCGCUACUGUUUUUAUUUAUUUGCUAAGAGAUGACCAAAGAGUGAGAUUUAUUUUACGACUUACUCCACAAGAACUGAGAGAAAAGUUGGAUAAAUUUCGAGAUGUAUUGGCGAACAUCACGGGUGCGACCGUUAAUAUUGAUAGCUAUAAAAUACACGAGAAUAGAGACGGUUCUGUCGACCAGAAAAAUCGGUCGUCAUUGAGAGGUCGAGUCGGCAAUUAUACGCUGUCUGUAAAGGCAGAAGACGGCGGACGACCACAACUCUCCUCCACAGCUAAUAUACAUAUAUGUGUGACUGAUGUGAACGAUCACAACCCUAUGUUUGUUAAGCCGCCCUCCAAUAUAACGAUUCGCAUACCAGAGAACGCAACCAUUGGUUCAACUGUUGUAGAAGUGAUGGCCACCGAUGAGGACUGGGGUGUGAACGCUGUUGUCAGAUAUAAAUUGAGACAAUUGCCAAACAAUCACUGGAGAUCUUUUGCCAUAAAUGAAGUGACGGGUGUUAUAACUGUUGCCAAACAAUUGGAUAGAGAGGCGCAAAGAGUUCAUGAAUUGAGAGUCCAGGCAUACGAUUUGGGUGAACCCACAUCUCUGUCCACUGAUUUAGAUCUAACUAUUUUGGUGGCAAAUGUCGAUGACUUUGAGCCUGAAUUUACUCAGGAUGUCUUCCAAGUUGUGUUUACAGAAAAUACUCUUCCGGAAAUAGAAAAAUACAAGUUAUUGCCGACAAUAGACAAAGAUGAUUACGACUUGAUAGACCCCGCGGUUGGCUUUAAGUCUAUUCCAUGUUAUCAUAUCGUAGGUGGCGAUGGCGGACACCUCUUCCGAUUGAAUACAUUUACACAUGAAUUGACGACAACUCAAUCAUUAGACCGCGAAUUCAAGGAUAACUAUACUCUUAUAGUUCAGGCGACAAACGAUUGUUUCAAAAUCCCUCCAAAUAUCACUCACUUCGACAAUAAAGAUAAUUCACUGCUUCAGGUGUUGAUUGGUGUACGAGAUGUGAACGACAACUCUCCUAAGAUGACUAAAAAAGUAUUUACCGGCGGUUUCACCACUGAUGUUGACUUCGGGACUGUUAUAAUGGAAGUUAAAGCUGUAGACAAAGACGUCGGCGUCAACUCUGUUGUCAAUUACUUUAUUAUAUCAGAAGUCAGACAAACAUUGACUGAAGGAUUGGAUACUUUAAGUUCCGAAUCAUUUGUAAUAAAUCGUAUUUCGGGUGAAAUUAGCCUUAAUUUUGAUCCACAAAAAGAUAUGAAGGGAUACUUCGAGUUUGAUGUGUUGGCCAACGAUACAGACGGACUCGCAGACAGCGCUACUGUUUUUAUUUAUUUGCUAAGAGAUGACCAAAGAGUGAGAUUUAUUUUACGACUUACUCCACAAGAACUGAGAGAAAAGUUGGAUAAAUUUCGAGAUGUAUUGGCGAACAUCACGGGUGCGACCGUUAAUAUUGAUAGCUAUAAAAUACACGAGAAUAGAGACGGUUCUGUCGACCAGAAAAAAACUGAUUUAUACUUACAUUUUGUGAAUCGAGACGAUAAUAGUAUUCUCGAAGUGAACGAUGUCUUAUCUCUAAUUGACAAAAAUCUUGAAUAUUUAGACGAAUUGUACAAAGAAUUCAAUGUUUUGGUCACUGAACCCACACAAAGUUUGGAGUACUUCUUGGAAUGGGAGGACCAGUUAAAGGCUUGUCUAUUGGGAACGACAGCCUUUUUGGCUCUGCUCUUAAUUUUAGUAAUCUGUUUGUGUCUCAACCAGAAGUCGAGAUAUGAGAGACAAUUAAAGGCGGCAACAGUUCCAGUGUUUGGUAGCGAAAGUCAAUUAACUCGUUGUAAUGUUCCCAACACUAACCAACACGCGAGUGAGGGCUCGAAUCCCAUGUGGAUGACUGGUUAUGAUAAUCGAUGGUAUGAUAAAGACGAAGAACAGAUCAGCAACCGCUCGAGUGGUGACAAUUCAUUGGAUGAGAACGCAAUCGCCAGCCAUUCACCCGACGAUUCGCUCGAUGGCAGCGCUGGUCGGGAAUCGGGGGGUUCGGCCUCAACCACUACUAACGACAAACAGGCACUUUGUCGCGGGUUGGCUGUGGGGCGCGUCACACCACAGAAUAUUACACUUCCCAACAGUAAUGUUAACAGCAUUACGAUUAGUCAUAACAACAAGAAUAAUAAUAAUCAUAUAAAUAUAGUUAAAAAAUUAGCGCCAAAACCGCCACAAAAGCCAAUGAAUACAACGGCUGUCGGGACUAAACAGUUAAUGAGCGCCAGUAGU